AUGUCUGUUGUGAAAGAUGUUAAUCUUCGGGAGGUCUUAACGACCAUAUGGAGGCCGAUCGAGCUUGCAAUGCCAGCGUUUGCUAACGAGGAGAACAUGCAAAGACAUGAGGAUCUGAAGGAGGUUUCAACCGAAAUCACGGCCCUGAUAGACGAGCUCUCUCAGCUAGAGUCUCGCACGUUGGCGAUGAAGAAGCACUCAGAGGCUGUCGUCCAGGAACUGAACCAUGCGCAAUCGCUAGCGAAUGCUAGAGACCAGGAAGUGAAGGCCGAGAAGCACCUGACAACUCUGGUCGAAAGAGACCUCGGACGCAUGAAUGCCAAGAUAAGACAGUGCGAAGGCAUGAAGAAUACUGUGGAGGAGCGCAGGCAGGUUGGCCAGACAAAUCUUCUCAAACAACACACACGACUCGCAGAGCUCCAAAAGGACGCCCAAUGGCUUGAGGACGAGCGUGCUGAAUGGCACCUUGCGUCGGAGCAAAAGAGCGACGACGCGUUUACACUUCAGAAAUAUACAGCUAUAGACGAAAAGCGCCGGGGAGACUUAGAGCAAGCCUUGCGACGCCAACACGAGGUCAUCACAUCUCUCACUGAUCUUCUUAAGACAGAGGUCAACGAGACUAUGACUGCUCAGGUCUCAUUGGACAAGGCGGCAAUUACAUUCAGCCGUCUUCAAGAAUCUCGGCGAGUUGCCAUGGGUCAAUUUCAGCAGGCUGUUGUUUUAUUAGAAAGCAAAGAUACACAAGAAGCAAUGCUCAACGAGCGAUAUGAAAGCUCUCGGCUAGACCUCGAAAACCUGCGGGCUACUGAUAGACGAGCUCAGCAAGAGCUCGAAGAGGUUAUCCGAGCCAGGAACGCCGCCAACAGUGAGCUGGAAUCUAUGGAGCGAGAAACAAAUACCGCAUCUGCAGCCCUUGUUGUUGCUGAAAAGGAGCUUGAUGCAAUGAACGGUGAAAUUCUAAUUCAGCGGUCGGCGCUUUCUUCUGCACAAAGGGAUAUAUCUGCUAAGCAGGCUACCCUAGAGAGUAUGCAGCAGAGCUACGAAAACCGAGUUAAAGAUAGUCAGCGUUUAGACGCUCGGUUGGAGCUCCUCGCUGCUGUUAAGGAGGAGAUGAAAGCAAAAGCAUUGACGCUCGAAGAGACCACAGCGUACAUGACAAAAAUGGUAGAUGCGGUGGAAAAGGAGUACGAGUUUAAGAGGAAGGAGAGCCAAGACACCACAAAGAAGCUCCAGGAAAUCGGUCAGAAGCUAGCAGAGUUCAAGCGACAAGAAGCAAAUGAAAAGAAUGACAUUUCUGGGCUUCAAAGCAGCAUCAAGGGAUUAGAGUCAAGAAUUCAAGAAUUUGAGAAGCAGAUACAACAACAACGCAAGCAUAUAUACAAUGCAGAUUACGAGAUUCAGGCGUUGACUCGUAAGCUUAGCAUUGUCCGAGGCGAUCAUUCAUUAGAGGAGCUCAUAGUCUUAAAGAGAAAUAUUGCAAGUCUGACGCAGCAAUUGGAGACAGAACUAAGGACCGCAAAAUUAGUAAAACAACAAACAGGAUCUGUCAGGAGUGAAGUUGAGCGAUUAAAUCGCACUCUAGCAGAUCUGAAGCAGAAGCGGGACAAAUUGGACUCUGAUUUGCAUGAAAACUUGCUAUCAUCAAAUACUGCGGCAGAUGCUCUGAAAAAGCUUAACAAUAGAAAAGCCGACAUGCUCUUACAAUUAGAUAGCAUGAAGAUCAAGCGAGAUGAACUGUUGGAAAAGUACAAGAGUAGGACUACUAUCCUUUUCGGUCUUACAAAUCGAAAAGAACAAAUAAGAAUCGGAAACGUGAAACGUUCCAAGGAGCUAGAAACAGUGAAAAGUUUGCUGGCACAAGAGAUUCGUCUAUUGACACAGGAUCUGUCGGCAGUUCGUCUGGAGCUCAAGAAGAGGAGAAUAUACAUCGAGAAACUGAAAAUACGAUGUGAUAUUUUGACCGAUCGCGUCGGCUCUCUCACCUGUGCGGCUUCUGGUAAACCCAUGGAUGAGGCCGACCCUCGCACGGCACAAUCGGAUGCAAUCAUAAACUUUGGCAAAAAGAAUGCAGACCUACAAGCGCGCUACGAGGAAUAUUCAGCUAAACUUAAGCAGGCAGAGGUGGAAGUUGCUGGGCUACAGCAAGCGUUGGAACUUUUACGGGCAAGCAAUGCACAAAUUCGCAAAAGUGUGCGACCAGCCACGCCAGGUAGCGCUUUGACGGAGGAGAAGAAGCAAGUAGAAAGUGAGAUAGAACAGACAAACAGCGAAAUAGCCUACCUUAACACUAACAUCAGAAAGAUCGUGAAUGAAAUAUCCAACCUAACUAGAAGGAACGAAGAGCUUCAGGCACAAGUAGAUGAGUUGGCAGUAACACUACAUGACGUCGAGUACGGCGAAUAA